AUGGUCAAAGUUGCCUUCUUAGGUCCAUUGGGAACUUAUUCACACCAAGCUGCAAUUCAGCAAUUCUCAGAGGCAGAUAAUUGCGAGUAUAUCCCUGUCAAAAGCAUUCCUCAAUGUUUUGAUAGACUAAAGAAUGAGCUAGACAUAGAUUAUGCAGUGGUGCCCCUAGAAAACUCUACAAAUGGCCAAGUUGUGUUUACUUAUGAUCUUUUGAGGGAUUGGAUGCUUGAAUCAGAUCAUGCUCAAGGCAACGAAGUGCUUCCAGAGCUUGAAAUAGUGGCUGAACAGUAUGUGUCAAUUGAACUCUGUUUAAUUUCUCCUGUACCCCUUGACCUCACUGAUUUGUCAAAGAUUAAAAUAGGGAAACUGUAUUCACACCCUCAAGUUUGGGGCCAAGUCCCAAAUUAUCUUGAAUCUCUGCGAAAAAGAAUUGGAAAUGUCGAAAAAGUCGAUUCAGAUUCGACAUCUGGUGCUGUGGGGAUCUGUUGCGAAAACUAUACAGUAAACAAUGAUGUGAAAGAUUUGGCAAUUGCAAGUAAAACAGCAGCUCUUGUUCACAAAGCACAUAUAGUUGAUGGGCCCAUUAAUGAUAAGAAAGGUAACACAACACGCUUUUUGGUGAUGAGGAGGAGAUCUCCACUGCGCCCAUCGCUGAAUGCGUCAUUAGAGAAUAAAAUUGCUGCACAAAGGAUCUCAUUGCUGACCUUUCUGAUAAAACAAGAUGAUCCAGGAAGCCUUGUCGAUGUAUUAGAAGUCUUCAAGAUGCACAAUAUUAACAUGUGCUCUAUAAGCUCAAGACCCUAUCACAAACUGAAGAAGGAGAAUAGCGAAACUAUACCGGAAUACACUGAACUAGAUGCAUCAGAUCGAAAGUGGCAAUACGUGUUCUUUGUGGAAUUUGCGCAUGCAGAGGAACGUGAUUGGGCGAAGGUAUUCAAGGACAUCAGUUCGCGCUGCCUCAGUUACUGCCUCUGGGGCACCUUCUUCAGAGAUGGGCGCUACUACGAUUAA